CUCGCGGCGUUCGGCGGGUUCGGGGUGAAGAGGGCGCGUGCUGAUGAUUUUUUGGGCGCGCCCAGUCCCGGGGCGCCCUUGACGCCCUCGCCUGGCCCGCCCUCGCAAGCGUACACCGUCAUCAGCAACGGGUACUCGUCGCCGAUGUCUUCCGGCAGCUACGACCCGUACAGUCCCAACGGAAAAAUAGGUCGUGAAGAUCUUUCACCACCGAGCAGUCUGAACGGUUACAGCGCCGACAGUUGCGAUGCAAAGAAGAAGAAAGGUCCGACGCCGAGGCAGCAAGAAGAACUGUGUCUCGUUUGCGGGGACAGAGCCUCCGGAUACCACUAUAACGCUCUCACUUGUGAAGGAUGUAAAGGCUUCUUCAGGCGCAGCAUAACGAAGAACGCCGUGUACCAGUGCAAGUACGGCAACAAUUGCGAGAUCGACAUGUACAUGCGGCGGAAGUGCCAGGAAUGCCGGCUGAAGAAGUGCCUGUCGGUGGGCAUGAGGCCGGAAUGCGUCGUACCCGAAGUCCAGUGUGCCGUGAAGAGGAACGAAAAGAAGAAGGCGAAAGAGAAGGACAAGCCGAACAGCACGACGAACGGCUCGCCGGAGAUCAUCAAGAUCGAACCGGAGGAACUAUGUUUAUUUCAGUUGUCUGACACGGAAAAACCCAUCCCAGUCAACGGAGUGAAGCCGAUUUCACCCGAACAAGAGGAACUCAUCCAUCGGCUCGUCUAUUUCCAGAACGAGUACGAACACCCUUCCGAAGAAGACGUCAAAAGAAUCAUUAACCAACCCAUGGAGGGUGAAGACCAGUGUGAUGUGCGGUUCAGACACAUAACGGAAAUAACGAUAUUAACAGUGCAGUUGAUAGUGGAGUUUGCUAAGAGGUUACCUGGAUUCGACAAACUCCUUCGAGAGGACCAGAUAGCUCUUCUAAAGGCUUGUUCGAGUGAGGUGAUGAUGUUCCGAAUGGCGCGGCGGUACGACGUCCAGUCCGAUUCGAUAUUGUUCGUGAACAACCAGCCCUAUUCGAGGGACAGCUACAACCUGGCGGGCAUGGGCGAGACCAUCGAGGACCUCCUGCACUUCUGCAGGACCAUGUACUCGAUGAAGGUGGACAAUGCCGAGUACGCCCUCCUCACCGCCAUCGUCAUCUUUUCCGAACGGCCUGCGCUGAUCGAAGGCUGGAAGGUGGAGAAGAUCCAGGAAAUCUACCUCGAGGCCCUCAGGGCGUACGUCGACAAUCGGCGGAAACCGAAGCCGGGCACCAUCUUCGCAAAGCUGCUGUCCGUGCUCACCGAGCUGCGCACGCUCGGCAACCAGAACUCGGAGAUGUGCUUCAGCCUGAAGCUGAAGAACAAGAAGCUGCCCCCCUUCCUGGCCGAAAUCUGGGACGUCGAUCUCAAGACAUAGUAGCGGGGACGGCGACAAAAUGUGGGAUUUCCUGGAUACCCGGAAAGGGUGGUGCUACACUGUUAUGCUGUCCGUUUGCAUGUUUCUCGUACUGUACAUAGUAGAAAAAAAAAAGAAGAUGAAGAAGAUGAAGAGGAAUCUGAUAGUAACGGCAGCUGUCGCACCACCAAUGCUGGCUGUGAAAAUAUUAUAAAUUUAUUCAAUUCUUUUUUACUACUAACACUCGACGGCACCUAUAGAAGAAGAAGAAGCAGAUGAAGAAGAAAUGUUGUGACGUAGGCCCGAUUUAUUCUUAUUGAGAAUCAAACUAUACGUAGAUUUUGUAAAAACCUCUAUGAAACUUUUUGUAAGAACUUUAUCUUGGCAAAAUGCUUACUUAAAUAUGGUAAGACUGGACUGGACUGAAAAAAAAAUACACGGUGCCUUCACGAAAAAAACGAGGAUCAUAAGUCUGAGGGCUGGGGGCAAAGGAAAGAAAAAAAAACGAAAAAAAAAAUGCAUGAGUGCAAUUUAGUUUAAACUCGUUUUCGCACCGAUUCUGGUAGAACAAACAGAGGGGCACAAUCGAGGAAUUAGACUAGGCGACACGUGGCAUGCGAACCGCGAUAUUACACCCAAAUUUGACACCCUGUAAAAUGUAAAAUUUCUGAGCGAUUCGAAAUCGGUUUGCUGAUUUGGAAAGCCCUGUUUUAUGGCUGUGGAAGGUUUUAAUGUCGCAUAACGGUAAAUGGUAAAUGUUACAGGGUGAAAAAUAAUUAUAUGCGAAAGUGAUUAUUUCUCCAUCUUCAAAGGCUUAAUUUCAUGCUUGAGGUCUUGUUGAAUCAUCUAAGACACAAAAUAUCGAGAAAAAAAAGCAUCGAAAAGUAAGUAUAAUUCAAAUUAUUCAGUAAUAAUUUUAAUUCAACUGUGUCUUUAUUAGUUGUUCACAACAUUUAAAAAUCAUCAGUUUGAAAUAGCCAACGUUACAAAUUUUUUUAAGUGUCAGAUUUAAUUUAUUUGAUACCAUAGUCUAUAUCAUAUUAAAUUCACUCUCUAGUCUGUGCCUAACUUCCAAAUAAUGUUUGUAAUUUUAUUUUUUGAGAUCUGAUUUUGGAGAACAUUGCACCUUUUUGAUAAAUGAUUACUUUUUUAUCCCUUUUAUAAUUUGUUUGAUACGCCCCUGAAUAAAAUUUCGAAAUUAUUUCACUGAGUUGCUUUUUGAAAUUAUUAUUGAAAAAACGUUCGCUUUAUAUUCCCUCUGAUAUAGAAUAAUAAACCUUUUUUAUGAUUAAUCGAUGUUCGUCAUGGCUAUACAGGGUCCCGUUGAUUGAAUAGGGGCAUUAUUGCUAUUUCCUAAGUGGUAAGACAUAGAAGGUUGAUUGAAUUAGAGUAAAGUUGCGUAACUUGGACCUCUUCAAUAUGACGUUUUGCAAUUUCGAAAAAUGCCAGCCAUUCCUGGAAUAUUUUGAAAAAACUGAAAUAAAAAUCGCCGAUUUUGUUUUCACUUAUUUUUUUGGUUAAUAGGAAGAUUUUGAAAUUUUGUGUGGGCAGGAAAGUGAUCAUGACAAAUCAAGUUGGGAAUGUCAGACAUAUUUUAUCUUCAAUAUUCGUCAUGGCUAUACAGGGUCCCGUUGAUUUAAUAGGGACCUUAUUGCUAUUUCCUAAGUGGUAAGAGAUAGAAGGUUGAUUGAAUCAGAUAAAAAUUGCGUAAUUUGGACCUCUUCAAUAUGACGUUUUGCAAUUUCGAAAAAUGUCAGCCAUUCCUGAAAUAUUUUGAAAAAACUGAAAUGAAAAUCGCCGAUUUUGUUUUCACUUAUUUUCUUGGUUAAUAGGAAGAUUUUGAAAUUUUGUGUGGACAGGAAAGUGAUCAUGACAAAGUUGGGAAUGUCAGAAAUAUUUUAUCUUCAAUAUUUUCAAACAUUUUUUUUCUCAUUGGCGUCAUAUUUGUUCUUUAUACCAUUGAACAGAGCUAAGAAUUUCCUUCACAAAUGUAUGACAUGUUGACAUUUCCACAUGAAACAGCGCCGAAAAACAGUAAAAACAUUCUCAAAUGGGGUAGGCCAUGAUGAUAGGAAAACAAAACAGCAGUUGUCUUGACUACAGUAUCAAUACUUCUUCAUAAACAUGAGUAACAUGCUACAAUUUUAUGAAAAAAUGAAAAAAAAAAUGCAUGGAAUAACCAAGAAUACAAAUGUUUCAUAA